UCUUUGACUAUUCAGACGACGAAGACGAUCAGUCUACGACUCACUCUCGCACCGGCACGGCACCUAACAGGAGUUAAUGCGGCCACCCAUGCGACACCAUCGCAACUCCCAUACCGCAUCCGGGAACGGGAAACCGUGCGGUUGCCGUUGAUACCAGUCAGGAGGAGGAGGGGGGCGGUGGUGCCGGUAGAGAAGUGUCGAGGCGAGAGCGAGGGGGCGAUGGAGACGGUGGAGGAGGACGUGGAGGAGUACAGUUGGCGGGAGGUGGUGCUGCCGCGCCUUGUCCCCGUGGUCCCCGACGCGGCGCCGGAGCUCGAGCGCGAGACGGGGGAGCGCCGCCGCGGCAGGGACAUCCUCGUCGCCGUCGACUUCGGGCCCAACUCCAAGCACGCCUUCGACUGGGCCCUCGCCCACAUCGCGCGCAUCGCCGACACGGUCCACCUCGUCCACGCCGUCUCCGGUGUGCAUAAUGAGUUGGUGUAUGAGAAAAGUCAGGAGCUGAUGGAAGAUUUAGCCAUCGAGGCAUUCAAGACAUUACUGGUCCGUACCAAGGCACGGAUUGUUGAAGGAGAUGCUGGAAAGGUUAUCUGCCGAGAAGCAGAUCGACUUAAGCCAGCAGCUGUCAUUCUUGGUACACGUGGUAGAGGCCUUAUUCAAAGUGUGUUGCAGGGAAGUGUCAGUGAGUAUUGCUUCCACAACUGUAAAGCAGCACCGAUUAUAAUUGUGCCAGGCAAAGAAUCUGGCGAACAGUCUGUGCUUUAAAGGAAGAUAAGUGGUGCAUCUGUAUGCUGUGUACUUUCAGUUUAGGUGGUAGAGUGUUAUAUAUUGUUGUUGGUUUGUUGUGAGAAAAUGUAUUAAGUGCUUUGUUUGCAAUCUGAAGUUCUGAACCCUUGUUAUAGCUUGGCUGCGAAGGAAUAUUUAGAAAUUGGUAGACGAGCAGACAAACAUAGAACACAGGAAAUGUACUUGUAUUGCCUUUGCCGACAAAAUACUUCAUUAGUACAGUUCCUAUGAAUAAAGAAUCUUCAGCCACAAACGUUGCCGUGGUUAAAACUCCA